GCUGGCUCGGCUGGCAUCCCCCAGCUGCCUCUACCGCCACCGAGGGGAGCCGGAGCCGCCUUGGAGGGGCGCCGGGCGCCGGAGCCAUGACCCUCCGCCGGCUCAGGAAGCUGCAGCAGAAGGAGGAGGCAGCGGCCGCCCCGGACCCAGCCGGCCGGGCUCCGGACUCCGAAGCUGCUCCCACCCCGAUCCCGGCCUCGGGUGGCCCGGCUGCGGCGGCUACCCCGGGUCCCCCGGGCGAGGAGCUGUACGCGGCGCUGGAGGACUACCAUCCUGCCGAGCUGUACCGCGCGCUCGCCGUGUCCGGCGGCACCCUGCCCCGCCGAAAGGGCUCAGGAUUCCGCUGGAAGAACCUCAGUCAGAGUCCUGAACAGCAGCGGAAGGUGCUGACUUUGGAGAAGGAGGAUAACCAGACUUUUGGCUUUGAGAUCCAGACUUAUGGCCUUCACCACCGAGAGGAACAGCGUGUGGAGAUGGUGACCUUUGUCUGCCGAGUUCAUGAGUCCAGCCCUGCCCAGCUGGCUGGACUCACGCCAGGGGAUACCAUUGCCAGUGUCAAUGGACUGAAUGUGGAAGGUAUCCGGCAUCGGGAGAUUGUCGACAUCAUCAAGGCAUCUGGCAAUGUUCUGAGACUGGAAACUCUGUAUGGAACAUCAAUCCGGAAGGCAGAACUGGAGGCUCGCCUACAAUACCUGAAGCAAACCCUGUACGAGAAGUGGGGAGAGUACAGAUCCCUCAUGGUGCAGGAGCAGCGGCUGGUGCAUGGGCUGGUGGUGAAGGACCCGAGCAUCUACGACACGUUGGAGUCCGUGCGUUCCUGUCUCUACGGCGCCGGUCUGCUCCCCGGCUCGCUGCCCUUCGGGCCGCUGCUCUCUGCCCCUGGAGGAGGUCCCCGCGGGGGUGCCCGGCGGACCCGGGGUGACCCCGGUGACGACGCCGCCGUCUACCACACGUGCUUCUUUCGGGGUGCCGACCCCCCUGCCCUGCCGCCCCCGCUGCCCCCCGCGCGCGCCCCGGGCUUGGGCUCCGCGGAGGCCCCGGCGGCCUCGUUGCCCGGCCCGGUGCCGCGCGCCGCCCUGAGCCGCAGCGCCAGCGUGCGGUGCGCGGGCCCGGGCGGCGGCGGGGGCGCGCCGGGCGCGCUCUGGACUGAGGCCCGCGAGCAGGCCCUGUGCGGGCCCGGCCUGCGCAAGACCAAGUACCGCAGCUUCCGCCGGCGGCUGCUCAAGUUCAUCCCGGGACUCAAUCGCUCCCUGGAGGAGGAAGAGAGCCAGCUGUAGGGGCCGGGGAUGGGGCGGGGUGGGGUGGGGGCGGCGGGGAGGUAUUUAUUUAUUUAUUCAUUCGUAACACCAGUGCAAAACGUGAGGGCAGGUGGUGUGGUGGUCGUGCCCGGCACAGAGGACCCCAGGAGCCCAGCGCCUCGGGAGAGGGUCCUUGGCUAGCCUGGGCUUGGCGUGCUUGGCUCAUGGCUUAUCUCUACCAGGUCCCUUCCUUCCCCUCUAAACCACAGUGGGAUCCUGGAACAGGAGUAGAAUAGGCAUUCCGGGUCGGGACCCAAAGAUGGGUGUGCUAUCCUUUAGUCUGGGUCAGUAGUGCCUUGUGGGAUGUCCAGGAAAAUCUCCCCAACCUCAGGUGGGAGAGACCUGUCUCAUGAAGCCCUCUCCUCAGCUUUCUUUGCUCCCCACCCUUAUCCUUGGGGAGAUGGGUCCGUCUCCCUAUACACACACCUUCGGUUCCAGCAGGCCCCUUGAGACAAGGUGCUGGUCGUCCUCCCUCUGACCUUGACCUCUAAGGGCUUGGCCCCUUCCUAAGGGCCUGUAACUAAGUGGGGUCCUGCCAGGCAGGGGUCCUGGGCUCUGUGGCCCCUUGGAGAACAGGGCCUGACAUGUUCAGGUGGGCUGGGCCUGCACAGACUGUUCCACUGUUUUGCCUAUGUUGCUUCUGAACCACAAAGUGUAUAAAAUUGAAGGUUUUUUGGUUUUUCUUUUUGCA